AUGGCAACGUACGAUCCCCUCUUUGAUCAGCGCAUUGACGUAAAAAAGGUGAGCCAUAUUCUCGGUUAUGAAUUCCAAAAUGAGGCCCUGAUUGCCGAGGCAUUGACACACGCCUCGGUCACCAAUUCCAAUGUUCCCUGCUAUCAACGCCUGGAAUUUCUCGGCGAUGCAGUGCUUGAUUUCUGUGUGACCAACUACCUAUUUGAAAAGUACCAUACAGCACCACCACGCACAUUACACGACCUAAGAAAGUCUAGUGUGAACAACGACAUUUUAAGCGUACUUUGUAUUCAACUGGAACUCCAUGUUCACAUCCGACAUUUCUCAAUGACCUUUCCUUCAGCCGUGCAACAGUUUCAAAAGCUGGUCGUUGCGAGUCAAAAUGAGGAGGGAGAGUACUGGCUCAACUUCAACCCACCCAAGGUGCUUUCUGAUGUGAUGGAGAGUCUGAUCGGCGCCGUCUUUGUGGAUACUGGUUUUAAUCUUGACCCUGUAAUGGGCUUAUUUGACAGAUUACUGAAGCCACUUUUAGAUGACCACAUCUCGAUUGAAACGAUUCAGCAGCAUCAAUUGGGUAAACUUAGCUGCAUGGUACAAGAAUUUGGGUGCAAGCAGUGUGAAACGAGAAAUGUCUACUCGACGACAUUAGGCCAGUGCUGUAUCAUCUUCAUUCAUGGCCAGGCAUUUGCUAGUGGCUCAGGCGUCAAUACCAAGGAAGCCAGAAAAGAAGCAGCUGCCAAGGCGUGUCAACGCAUCCAGGACAAUCCUGAUGAAUUUAUUGCAAAAUGCACUUGCUCGUAA